AGGCUUGAGGGAAGAAGCCGAAGAAGAAGAAGAAAGCGCCAUGGCGGACACCGGCGCCAACCCGAACAGCGGCAAUGAAAGCGAUGAGGAAAAUCGGAAGGUCAAGAAGCUGAAAGGGGAACCAAAAGGUGACCGAGGAGAAAAUGGAGAGGAGACCAAUCUGUCGGACUUCAAGCCAACGUCCGUGCUGAGGGACUCUGCACGGGACAAAACCAUAUUCGUCCACGGAGAGCUGAAAGAGCAGCCGGCGGUGGUUGUCCUGGAGAAGACCCCCUUCGGUGAAGAUACCCUGACCGAGAUGUUCAAAGGUGCCAAAACAAACCUGGAGGUGAAGAACGACAUCUACAGCACCUACGUGUUCCAGCCUCCUGCACAUCUCAACGAGAUCAAGGCCACUGUGGUGUGUCCAGCCACGGAGGCGCAUGUGCAAAAAUACCAGCGCAAGGAGAUCAUCAUGGUGGAGGAGACAGAAGACGACUACAAAAACAUCACCCUGCCUUACAUUACGAGCAAGGGCCUCAGUGUGACGUGGGUGUACAACAUCCUGGAAAAGAAGGCAGAGAAAGAACGGAUCAUUUUUGAAGAUUCAGACAAGGAGCUUGGCUUUGUCCUCCUGCCAGAUUUCAAAUGGGACCAAAAGCAGGUUGAUGACUUGUACCUGAUAGCCAUCGUGCAUAAGAGAGACAUUAAGAGUCUCAGAGACCUGACGCCUGAUCACGUGCAGCUACUUCAAAACAUCUACCAGAAGGGAACGGACGCCAUCGUGCAGCGCUACGGCCUCCCCACCAACAAGCUGAGGGUCUACGUGCUCUACCAGCCGUCCUACUACCACUUCCACGUGCACUUCAACGCUCUGAGCUACGAGGUGCCGGGCAGCGGCGUGGAGCGCGCCCACCUCCUCCAGGACAUCAUCCAGAACCUCAAGUCCAACCCACAGUACUACAAAACCCGGACCCUCCUCUUCCCGAUGAGAACCGAUGACGAGCUGAUCAGCAUGUACAAGGCGGCGGGGAGGUUGUAGCCGCACACGACGUCAACAGGAAGAGGCGGGGCGACGUACAAGGGGGGCAGAUCAAAACCCACUCAUCCCCUUGUUGUUGAAUCCUUCCCAAAUCAUGUGGCUGUAGUUUCUCAAGCCAGCUGGGUUUACCAAGACCAACUUGUUAACUCAGUUUCUUUUGAAUAAGUAAACAUGUGAAGAAAGGUGUUAAUCCACACAGCUUGAUAUUCUUGCACUGUGAAAUUAACCAGAUUUUGCAUUUCCGCUGUUCUAUAAUCAGU